AUGACACUGGAAACUUGCUGCACUACUUGCAGGGAUGUUUCUAUUUUCUUGCUAGGGCAAUAUUUUAAGACAAGUUUUCUCGUUGGCAUUCCAGACAAGGUGCUUGACAUUAUUGAAAUGGCUGUUUAUGGGGAUGUCAUCCGGCCUGGGAAUCAUUGUCGUUGCAGGACUGUUGCUGGAAUGCUGGGUCCAGAAAUAGUACCAGUGCCUGCCAGUUGCCAUGAAGUGAUGAUGAGUCCAUGUAGCAUUGAAGAACUAAAACAUAAGGCUAGGACUGCAACUGAGCCUAUUUGGUGGAACUUCCAAAACCGAGAACUCAGUUUACAGUUCAUAUCUUCUUGUUCUGUAUAG